AUGUUGGGUUUCAUGUUUUUGGCUGUAAAUAUAUGUAGAUACGCAUUAGAUGUGAAUGUGGAGAGGGCAGAGGAUGUUCUCACACAUAAAAGACUGCUGCUUCUCGCAGAAGAUCCUGCUAAUAGACCUGCCUUUGAUGUUCGCCUUGUGCAGGUCCAUCCUACCUCCUACGGAAAUACUACUGAUUUCAUUGAUUGUGGAAUGAACGCAGAAGCUCAAAGUUGUUCUAGUCAUCAUAACCGACAGGGAAUCCAUCCUCCGCCUACCUUUGGUUCAUCACCAAAUCUUGAAGCCCUUUUGCUUCAAGCUAACAGAAGUCAUGCUGAUGAUGGAGAUAGCAUUGUGAAUUCUACUUCACAGAUUUCUCG